AGCAAGAAAUGGCCAAAAGAUCUCGGAUCAAAAACCUUCUAACCGCGACCUCAGCCGAGAUACCGAGCGUCACCACCCGCUCCCCGGCUGCCGGUCAAUCGAGUGCAGCCGUGGUAGCCCUUGCUUCUCCAGCUCCAGCUGCCGGGCAAUCUGCCAGAGAAGCGCGCCGGGCUGGAAAAAGACCAAGGGCAGAUCCCUCCGCCGAGCUCGUCGCCGAGCUGACAACCGAACAUCCAGCUGAAACUCCUGCUCCCGUGCCCGCUUGGCGUCCUCAGCUGAAGCACCGGGGACAGGACAUCCCGGCGACUGCUUCGAUCAAGGCAGACAAAGAACAUUUGCUUGCCUUCGAUCUCUCCAAAGCAUUUCUCCUACCGGGCGACGUGGUAGGCAGUGACCACGUCCCUGACACCCGGCUGGUAAAAUCUUCCGUGAAGUCCAUGGCCAGGGCCAUUCAGAAACAACAUUUGGUCUUGGAGCGCAUCCACCGGCUUAGGCAGAGAGCCAACGACACUGCCAGCCAGGUUGAAAGCCUUCAAGCCGAUCUCGGCCGGGCUAAAGCUUCUCUCGAGAUGGCCAACAAUGAUAAUAACAGGCUGCUCGGUCAACUGAAUGCAGCCGAGAAAAAACAAAACGAGCUCUAG